AUGGAACCUCAAAAACGUGCCCGAUAUUCCAAACUUCUCAAUGCAGAAGAACUGGAGGAAAUAUUGAUGGAAGAGGAAUCUUAUGAAGAGUUAGAAGAUAUCAAUGAUUUCAUUGAACCUCGAGAAAAUAUGUCGUCAUCAUCAUCAUCAUCAUCAUCAUCAUCAGACAAAGAGGCAGAGGAAAUGGAAAUUAGGUUUCGUGAUAGAAGACCUGGGGAUUUGCCAAAGUGUGUGCUGAAUGAACAUCAGUUCAUACAAAGUGAAUGUCCAUUUCCAUGUGACAUUGAUAAUAAGUCAUUCACCCGUAGUAGUCGUCUGAAGAGAUAUCGGCAUAUACAUGCUGCAGCCCGAUCAUUUUCCUGUGAUGUUUCUAAUAAAACAUUCAGUAGACAGGGUCACUUGAAGGAACUUCAACGCCUACAUAGUGGGGAGCCGCCAUAUUCCUGUGAU